UUGCUAACAGGUGUUUCCACACCUAAUCUAAGUGCUUAUUUUACAUUUAACUUUAAAUUCUGCCUUACAGUUGCCAUUUAGCACAUUUAGAUGAUGAGGUCUAUAUUCUUAAAGUAUUGUGUAGUCAAAGCAAAGAAACUUUAAUGUUACAAUAAAUGCCAUCACUCUGCCAGUUGGCUUCUGUUUGGCAAGACAUCAAGAAAUAAAACAAAGUAUGAGACUAGUGUAUUUUGUAACGAAAUGAAGGAAAAAGAACCGAAACCAUAAAAACAUAGCACUAAAGGAGACAGAAAUUCCCACCUUUUGUUAGAAAUUCGGAGUAUAAUGUGUUACAAUAGAACACGGAAAUUUGACAGAGGCUCAUAGUAAACGGAAUAGAGUGGAGUUAAGAAUAAAAUGGAGUUAGGUUUAAAGUUGAUUCAGACAUUAAAAAAAAAAAAAGUAAAAGUAAAUUUAAACCUGGCAGUGGUAGGUUCUUAUUUCCGCCCCCUCUUCAGGAACGCUAUUUGAACCCCCUCGCGCCUGCAGGACCCUUUGUCAGCUGGGGCCCGAAAAGAGCGGAACGAAAGGCGGACGGUUUUCGGUUGCUGGGGCGGACGUGGAUCCGAUCUGUCCGUCCUUGCAAGUUUCCCCCAAGGCUGGGACCUAGACGUGCGCCAACUCGUGUUCUCUGGCACCGUAGUAGUGGUCGUCGCUGGCCCGAGUUAGAAGCCAACAGUGAAUUCUUCGUGCCUCAGAUUGGUUGACCUACAAGAUGCUUCGAUACCCAUAUUUUUGUAAAAUCUAUAAAGAAUUUCAUUCAUGCUGGUUGGAAUCUGGCAUAUUUAAUUUAGGUAUCUGGCCAAAAAAAAUACAUGCUACAACAGAAAGAUGUAAUGAAUAUGAAGCCCAGGAGCAAACAGAUCAAACUGGAGCUCAGGAGUUACAUAGAUCUCAAAAUGGAGAUUUUGAAGCUAUGACUAAAUUACAUAUCCCAGUAAUGGUGGAUGAAGUUGUUCGUUGUUUGGCACCACAAAAAGGCCAGAUUUUUCUAGAUAUGACAUUUGGUUCAGGAGGACACACAAGAGCCAUUCUACAGAAGGAGUCAGAUAUUACUCUGUAUGCCUUAGACAGAGACCCGACAGCUUAUGCAAUAGCUGAACAGCUUUCAGAAUUCUAUCCUAAACAGAUCCGAGCUAUGCUAGGCCAGUUCAGCCAGGCAGAAGCCUUAUUAAUGAAAGCUGGAGUGCAGCCAGGGACUUUGGAUGGAGUUCUUUUGGAUCUUGGGUGUUCCUCCAUGCAACUUGAUGCUCCUGAAAGAGGUUUUUCCCUUCGGAAGGACGGCCCCUUGGACAUGAGAAUGGAUGGUGGCAGGUACCCUGACAUGCCCACCGCAGCUGAUGUUGUGAACGCUUUAGAUCAACAGGCACUUGCCUCCAUCCUGAGAACAUACGGGGAGGAGAAGCAUGCCAAGAAAAUCGCUUCAGCAAUCGUUCAGGCUCGCAGCCUCUACCCCAUCUCCAGAACCCAGCAGCUUGCCAGCAUCGUUGCAGGUGCAUUUCCUCCAUCUGCUAUUUUUGCACGAAAAGACUUGCUACAACGAUCUACCCAUAUUGCUACCAAGACUUUCCAAGCUUUUCGAAUAUUUGUAAAUAAUGAGCUCAAUGAACUUUACAUAGGAUUGAAGACAGCUCAGAAGUUUCUGAGACCUGGUGGUCGCCUUGUUGCCCUCUCCUUCCAUUCACUAGAGGAUCGCAUUGUCAAACGAUUCUUGCUUGGGAUAAGCAUGACAGAAAGGUUUAACCUAAGUGCCAGACAGAAGGUGAUACAAGCAUCACAAUUACGUUCAAGUUAUGAAAACAAGGAAGGAGACUCUAUAAGCAGAGCCCCUUUAAUGUGGGAACUGAUACACAAGAAAGUACUUACUCCAGAAGAUCAGGAUGUACAGGAUAACCCCAGAGCACGCUCAGCCAAGCUUAGAGCAGCCAUCAAAUUAUGAUAAAGAAAGUUUUCAUCAUGUGGUCCUUCAAGUUUUCCCUCAGAGUUUCUCUUCUUUUAUUGGAUAUUCCUGAAUAGCUUAAUAUAAGGAAGUAUGGGAUCUAUAGAGAAACAUGUACUAUAUAUGUGUGGAAAUUGAGGGUAUUUACCAUUUUUUGUCUUAGAAAGAAAAUCUCAGAAAUACUAGCAUGACACAGAAGGUUCAACUCAAGGAGAAGCAGCAUCCCAAAACUCGAAUAAUGUCUCUAUCUGAGCAUUAUAUUUGACUUUUGCAAUGUAGUCCUUUCCCUAAUCAUGGAAAAUUUUUAAAAAGAAGAAUACUAUGUGUAUUUAUUUAAGUAUGAACACUCAAACUGUCGGAAGAUAGAGAUUAUAAUUGUAUCUGUAUUUUCUAAGUUCUGAAUUUAGAUAUUCAGAUUUGCAACAAACUUUCUAUGGGUCAAGUAAUAAAUAAUAAGUAAAGAUCAUCAAAGAAAUUUUCAUUUCUAUUUAGGAGUAAUUAAUUAGUAAGUACCAUAGUCUUCUCAAAUACAGGUAUUAUGUAAAUUUUAAAUUUUCAAGUAUUAUUUUUAAAAUGCAUCAUACUGAGAAAUGUCACUUUUGAAAUUACAAAGUUCAUUGUUUUAAAGGAAUUUUGCAAUAUGAUAUGUACUAUCUUUUUAUAUAGUAUAAAGUAAAAAUGCAAAAUUGUUCAAUAGCCCUCAUAGGGAAUGUUUCAUAAAACUAAUAUUUAAAGUCAAUUAUAUUUUAAUAAUAUCCCAGAAUGUCUUUGACAAAUAAUAAAAUCUGUCAUCAUUUGAAUCUGGCAUUUUUUAAUUGAGCUAUUCAAAAUAAUUCAACCAAGUUAUUGCAAUAAAAUAUAGGGCAUAUUAAAGAUAUUAAAAUGAAUGUGCCCUUUGCCUGGGUGGCUCAUUUGGUUAAGUGUCUGACUUCAG